UCGUUCGCUCACAGCGAGUAGAUACGAAAUAGCGGCCGCAGUCGCGAAGGCUCGCUGCUCACGGUGAGAUCGUGGUACGUCGGGAUCGUCAACGGAGAACGGUGUCGAUCGUGAUCGAUCGAUCGAUCGUUGUCGGUGGUGAACGCGGCGAUUCCCAACGUGACAAGAAGAACGAACGGAAAGACACGCCACACGUGAGAAUACAUCGUUCAGGAUCAGAACACGAAAAAGACAGAUAGAUAGACAGAUAGAUAGAGAGAAAGAGAGAAAGAGAGAGCGAGAGAGAGAGAGAGAGAGAGAGAGAGAAAGAGACUGGUGAUCUCGUUUUUUAUCGAUCGAUUGUCCUCAAAGAUUCGCAACAUCGAUCGAUGGUCGCAUUCACGACGAUCGAUUCAACGCGCGGGAAAUAAAAGACCGCGUAAACUGCCGGUACGAUUCUGCGCAAUGACAACGUCUUAUCCGCGCACAAAUUAUUAAUAUUUCUAACAAAUUGCAUGUAUGAAUUUGAAGAAAGUAAGUGGUAAUUGGUUUGAAUUUAAUUGGAGACUGAGUGACAUUGAGUGAUCAAGUUUGAUCGUUGAUGUAAUAUAUUAUCAAAGUAAGGUUAAGCGGAUGUUUGUCACUUGGUACGAGAUAGAAUAACUCAAAGUGCACGAGGAGUGUGUCUGAAAGAACCACAGUGGUGAUUUAGUAGUGAGAAACGACGAGUCUCGAAAGAAAUGCUGAUACGUUCUGUUGGUGGAUCUACAUAGUUGCGGCAAGAUUGGAAGAGUAACUGCGAACAAAGAGAGAUGGAGAAUCCUUAAGACAUCCAGGUGGUUUCGCCGCAGGCAGCCGCGAGAGAUGUGGUCACGCACGCGAUUCUUGCUCCUGGCGUGGAUGAUCUCGUUGCUGGCUGGCGUACGGCUCAGCAACGGGUCGCAGAGGCCGCGUCUCGGCGGCGCCGUCAACAUCUUCAGCCGUUACGGUUACCUCAGCAUCAGCAUGAGAGUGGUCCCCAGAAACGACACCGAUACUUGGAUCUUCCGAGAACCGACCCUAGAUGUUUUCAGGAAUCCAACCCCCAUAACGACCAAACAACGCCAACAGGCAGCGGUGUUCGAUGGAGACUUUCAUAUGGAGUUCUGCGAUAAUGUUCGUCAACUUCUGCAAGCUUACUUCCGGGACUUCACGUUUGAACGAUUGGAAAGGCCAUGGCGAGCGUUUAGCGCCAGCUGGUCCAAGGCGGCCAUUGCUCGUCAUUUGGGCAUCAACUCGUCGUUCAUCACCGGUGAACAUUGUUACGUGCUGGUACGCGUUGCCAGGUUCCGUGAGAAUCAGAAAUUGGCUGUUACAGCAGACUCGAUGAUUCUGGACGAGGCUGUUCUCCGGGAAACAGAAAACGUCACUGUUGGAGAUACUGCCAGCGUGGUUCGGUUCAUCAAGCACUUCGGAUCGCACUAUAUUGCUGCUUAUGUCACUGGCAAUUCUUUGUAUCAGGUGUUCGUGUAUACUCAACAAGCAUAUCUACGUAUCAAAGAGCGGCUAAAGACUCGUGGUGUAGCAGAUUUAUCGAAUAUCGAGUUGAGCAACUAUUUUUCGCCGUGGUACGCGGAGCACAUGGGCUCGAUACAAGCAGCGAGCGGAAACCGCACCGUCGAGGCUUGGGCGGUAGAACGGCUUCGAAACCAAUACUACAUUUUCUCGUAUGCCAGCUUGCUGAAAUUACACGGUGAUGCGAUGUUGCUAAAGCAAUUGGACGGUUUGUUGGAGAACGAAGCGUUACUACAGCUUCAACUGAAAACGCUCGCGCCGAUCUUCAAAGAUCCUCAACGACGUGAGUGGUUCCUCGAGGUGAUCGACAAUUACUUUAAGUUAUGGGAGGUGAACAUGUGAAGUAGAACGAGACAUGUCCCGAAAGGAGAACAUUGAUACACCUCCGUUUCACUUACGUAAAAUUACGUAUCGGUAUGAUCUGUACGUGGAAGACCACGCGUUUACGCGUACGUAUUUAAUUUAGAAGACGUCGGCCGAUGACUUCGACGUGAAACGAUCAUUCGUCGUUGUGAAACGAUUCCUAGUGCUCGAAGAGUCGUUAGUCACGGUCCGCUGGAAGUUCACUAUUGUUUCUCCGUCAAACGGAUGCUAGGUUUUCAUAGAGAAACGCCCAACUACUAUAUUAUUAUUAAAUAAGUAUUUAUUAUAUUAUAAUCGAUAAUAGAAAACAUUUUUAUACAAACGUUUUAAAUAUAUAUGUACAUCACAAGCAAUUUUCGUAAAAGUGACUGAAAAAUGCGCGACGUCCUGCUUCCAUGUUUGUCGUUUCGCUUUUGAUACCGGUUUAAUAAAUUUAUGUUGCAUUCCCGUUUAAGCUCUUCAAGGGCGUAGCGACAAACGCAGAAACAGAACUCGUGACCUUUUUUCUUCUUUCUCGCGUUGAUUUUCUUCUCGAGCGUGUUCGAACUUUCAUAAACCGAUGUUUUUAAAAAUAAAUCUACGCAUUGUGUAUUUUAUAAUACGUUCUAUCCUUACGAACUUAUGGACGUUACCGUUUCUUUUUUUUUUAAUCGAAAUGAAUCGAUAUGAGUAUUCGAGUAUAAAAGAAUGAUUAGUUUGUAUGUUUCGUACGAACAAGCAAAAGUUAUUUUAUUGGCACGAUGGAACGACUGAUGAAUAGAACUUAUAGAAAAAGUCAGUUUAUUUGAUCUUGUUAAGCAUUAAAUGUUAUUAUAUCUUA